UUUUUUUUUUGGGUUUAAUUAGAUUAUGAAUGACCAAGAAGAAUCAGAAUCCGCGUCUAAUAAUAAAAAAUUAACAACCGUAGAAGGGUUACGGUUAGCUUUAAAAGAACUUGGUUUAAGUACAAAAGGACAUAAGCCUGAACUAAAACAACGUUAUAAAAAGGCAAUAAAGAAAAAAUUAAAAGAAGAAGGUUGUAAGAAUGACAAUAAUGACGCUCAAAGAGAAGAUCAGAAGAAUGAUCAACAAGAUGAAGUUGAUUCUAACAUUAAAAGGAGAAAGAAACAGCCAUUUGAUUAUUAUUUGUUUUUCGACGUUGAAGCAACUUGUAUUGAAAAUGGAGGCUUUACUUUUCCCAAUGAAAUUAUUGAAUUCCCUGUUGUAUUAGUAGAUGGUGAAACCUUCGAGAUUGUAGACGAAUUUAGAUCCUAUGUAAAACCAACUAUAAAUCCAGUAUUAUCAGAAUUUUGUAUCAAUUUAACAGGCAUUACACAAUCUGUAGUAGAUCAAAGUCCCACAUUUAUUGAAGUAUUAAACUCAUUUCAAGAAUUUAUGGCAAAAUAUAGUCUAUUUCAAUCUUCUUCAGCAUCCUUUGUUACAGAUGGUCCUUUUGAUAUUCGUGAUUUUAUUACUAAGCAAUGUAAACAUAGUAACAUUAAUCCUAGACCUGCUUAUUUUGAUGUUCCUUGGGUUAAUAUCCGAGAAUUAUUUAAAAAAUUUUAUAAGCAAAAGGAAAACAAGAAUAUUAGUAUGAUGUUAUCUCACUUGGGAUUAAGCUUCAAAGGAAGAGAGCAUUCUGGCCUAGAUGAUGCUAAAAAUUUAGCUGCCAUUGGAAAGAGGAUGCAUGAAGAUGGGUGUAUAUUUAAAACAAAUUGUAAAUACUAUAAAGACAAUCGAAGAAGCAAUUAUAAUGUACGAAGUAGAAAGAAGAAAUAGAUAUAUUAUAAGUUUUGCAUAUUUUUUCUACCAUCAUGUAUUUACAGCUCUUUUUGAUUUCUUUAAUGCUAGAAGUUUUUUCUUUUUUUUCUAUUAUUAUUUUUA